GCCAACAUAUUGGUGUGCCCAUGCGCCCUGCCUGCAUCGUUGGACCACCAUAACCCACACCCCAGGCCUUCGAGUCGAAGCACCUUGCCCCCUCACGGCUCAGCUUGUCCAUGGUCCUGGCCAUGCCCUUCCAGCGUCUUCCCCGCUAUGAGAUGCUUCUGGCCAAGUUCGACAAGUAUGCCUCACGCCUGCCCGGCUUCCGGCCGGAGGAAGGCCGCGCCGCCACGCAGGCCCUGAAGUCCUGCAUCCAGCGCGUCGAUCGGAACAUCAUCCGCGAGGUGACGGACCGGUGCUCACGCAUCCAGCACCUGGUGGAGACCAUGCCCGGCGAGUGCCCAGUCCUCUUGUCUACCUCCGAACUGUCCGGGUCCGUGCUGGAUGUCAUUGAGGCUGGCCCGCAUGCUGGUGCUCUCACCAGCGGCAUGGCCACCCUGGCGGCUCUGAUCAACCCCGCGGCACGGCUGCUUCGCGAGGGCUUUGUCCAGGUGAAGCGCAUCAUUGAGCCGCGGAAGUCACUGCUUUCGCCACUGCGCUCCGGCACAUACUACCUGCUGGUGUUUGAGAAGAUCGCCAUCUUCGCCAAGGCCACGGACAUCUCCGCCAAGCAGACCACCGGCCGGCCAGUGGGUGGCGGGUCUUUGCGCCUGGUGGCCGCUCUGCCAGCCAGCCUGGUGACCGGGGUGGGCCAAAAGCCAGAUCGACCGACUCUAUGCGUCACAUAUGGGCGGCUGACCGGGCUGUCGCGCUCGCCCUCGCGCAAUGAGGACCUCUCGAGUGAGCUCUACCCGACGGCUGGGCGCUUGGCUUCGGCCACGUCGUAUGCAUCGCUGGCUGAGGCCGCUUGCAGCGGCUCCUCCCGAGCCGAAGCCGACGCCGGGUCCUAUGCCGCUCCGUUGAACCCAAAUGGCCCCACCUUGCGGGCAUCUUCCUCUUCCGGGACCUUGUUGAACUUGAUCGAGGCCGUUUCCUCCUCGAUUGUCCCCUCAGCCGGGGCUGCAGGCCAGUCUCCUGGACAUGCGCGAUCCCUCUCCCCCUCGGCCUCGGUGGCUGGGCUUUCCCGCAGCAACUCCCUUUCGCGAUCUCUCUCGGUGUUGGGCCUGGCAACGCCAGCCCAAUCGGAGAUUCAGCUCAAGGCUCCGAAGACAGUGUCCAACCCGAUGUCCAUUGUGGAGGAUUGGCUGCCGACCCUGCGUGAGUUUGCGGAUCCUGUCUAUUGAGGCGGAAGGGGGCAGUUCCCUUUCCCCUGUUUGGGCACACACCACCCUCUUUAUACACAUGUACACGCGCAUGCAAGCGCGAGCGCACUCUCUCUCUCUCUCCCUCCCUCC